CGCCUCCAAAGCCGCACGUCCCAUCCCAACCCACAACCCACCAUCCCACUUCCACCAUGUCCACCACCACCACCACCACCUCCUCCUCUGUCGACGACCUCGUCUCGGGUCUCGCGGGGCUCUCACUCAGCCCACUGUCCACCUUCUUCGCGCGCUUCCCAGGCUUCACGUACAACACCAGCGCCAACGCGGCCAGCGAGUACCGGCGCCUCUGCAACCGCCAGAAACAGGCGGGGAAACCCGCCGUCCGCCGCCAGUUCAGCCUCGCGUUUGAGGAGGAGUUCAAUUCUCGCUUUGGCGGAAGCGUUCAGGACUGGGAUUGGCAGAGGCUCUGCGAAAUACUCGAGGUGAAGAAUGUGCCAAUGAGUAAGACGCAGGCGAAGAAGGUGCUCCAGAGGAUCCAUGUCAACCUCUACGACCUUGAGCAUUACGAUAGGCGUCUCGUGCUUGGACAGCCGAUCGAGCUGAAGAUAUUUCCGACCGUUCAGGCGCUGUCGAAUUAUUCGACCAACCAUCUUAAGGUUUUUCUGAAGCCGAAGAAGGGAAAGGGUGCGUUGAGGUGGAUAUUGAGGGAGCUGUUUAGUUCGAGGGGGUAUUGAGACUGGGCUACCUAGGUAGUAGGGAGCUGUUAUCAAGUUGGGGAAUGUAUGUAUAAGAGUAUUGUAACGUUUGGAUUGGGUUGCGGUAGGUACUGUGGGAGUCUGUGUCCGUCGGUGUAGUCAGCUAGCUAUGGUAGUGAGAAUUAUGAUUCCAGAC